AUGCUAUCGUAUCUCAAACAUUCGUAUAUGCGGACAGAUCUCGUUCUUGACUUCCUAAAGAGUACCAACUACGUACCAGAAACACGCAAGCUUGAGCACGCUGAUGAGAUGGCUGCUGUGAAGGGAAAAGCUUCUGGCAUUCACCCUCUUCUCGGUUUCGCAAGCCACAAUGUAGACGACUAA